CUGAAAGAUAACUUAUCAGAAUUUUGAUUUUCACCACCUGUUUCAUGGUUUGAAUACGCUUUAAGAUAAACAUAUGCACUGUGAAAGACUAAGUAAAAAUCAACAUCUUGUCUUCAAUUCUUGAAGGGUAAGUUACAAUAUGAAGAGUAUCAGUGGGUUCUGUGCUUUUUUUGUCACCUGUGUUGCAUUAACUUCAACAAGCGUAAUCUCUACUCCAUCCACAGAAAAUUUCAAGAAAUUGGCAUUGGCUAACAAUGAACUGGCUUUCAACUUAUACCGAAAAAUUGCCUUUGAAUCUUCAGAAAAUGUUUUAUUCUCCCCAUUCAGCAUUGCCACAAUAUUCGGUAUGCUCUUUUGCGGAGCGAGAGGACAAACAGCUGAGGAGUUAAGACAGGUUCUGGGUUACGUGAAAGCAGGUUUGCCUAACAAUCUUGUCCACGAAACUUUCAGCCAGUACCUGAGAAAUGUUUCAAACAAUGAAGAUUCCUCCAAUGGAUAUGCACUAAAAACCGCUAAUGCCGCUUUUGCCGAUAAACGAUUAGAACUACUAAUGGAGUACAGACGCAACAUCCAGGCAUUGUACGGAGCAGAUGUACGAGAUGUAGAUUUCUCAAAGGAAGCUCCAACAAUCGUGGAAGAAAUCAACAAUUAUGUUAGGAACAAGACGAAUGGAAAAAUCGAUAAACUUUUUGACCAGUUGGACCCGUCCACAGUGUUGCUCUUCCUGAACGCUGUAUACUUCAAAGGAACAUGGAAAACUCAGUUUGAAACUAAUGAAACAAGAGAAGAAAUAUUUUACAACUAUGGUUUAGAAUCAGAACCAAGGAGAGUACAAUUUAUGCACUUGUCAUCCAGUUUUCCACAUGUUUAUUACGGUGAUUUCCAAGUAUUGGAGUUGCCUUACAAAGGAGAGAAUGUUAGCAUGCUCAUCUUCUUGCCAGAUCAACGAGUUGGACUUCUGACCCUAGAAGAGAGUCUGACUCCCGAGAAAUUGGUGGAGGUUCAGCGUCGAUUGUACAAAAGAAAUGUAGACGUAUUGUUGCCUAAAUUCAAGCUUCAAUUCGAGCAAGAGCUCUCGGCGGAAUUCCAGACCCUUGAAGCCGAACAGAUCUUUGGACCAGGCGCUGAUUUCUCUGGAAUGACUUCUAACAGCAAGGCGGUGGUCAACCAAAUCGUCCAUAAAGCGGUCAUCGAAGUGAAUGAGGAAGGAAGUGAAGCCGCUGCCGUGACAAGAAUUGGAAUGAUCGUGACCAGUCAACUUGGGGAAAACCCCCAGUUCAGGGUAGACCAUCCUUUCCUGUUCGUUAUUGUGGAAAAAGGAAGCAACAGCAACAUGAUCUUGUUCAUGGGUCGUGUAAAUGAUUUGUAAAUGUCCAGACUUUUGAAGUCAUCGUGUAAAUGUAGAAAGUAACCUACAAAAUGUGGAGAUAUUAAUAAACCUGACUGUAAUUGUUACAAUAGUCAUUUUUUUUUGUUUUUGAUUUUUGAUAGUGAAAUCUCAUUUCUUUUUAACUCAAUAAAUUGUUUGAUUUGUUUGACGAA